UUAGAAGAUGGUUGUUGUUUGUGACAUUUUUCCAGUAAUGUUCGUGAAUAAACAAAUAAAUUUGUUAUAAAAUCGUGAAUUUAAAAUAAUUUUUCUGUUCCCAAGACAAUUGAUCUAAUACAGAGUGAACGUGAAGUGUUUUCUUACAUAUAAAAGUAGUGAAUUUUUAAUGUGAAAGUUAAGAUCAAGAUGCCUUCGAAAAAAAGGUUAACACGUUUAGAGGAGCGGUUACAAAAAGAAGCACAAAAAUUAAAAAGUCAAUUAGAAAAAGAAUUAGCUCCGAAAAGAGAACCAUUACAUUUACAAUGUGUGGACGAAGAUUUAACUUCAGCUCAACUUUCUUAUCAAAAUCGACUAGCGAAAGAGUUAAAAGAUGCGACCCACAAAUUGGAAAAGGCUAUGGCAAGUGGGCCUAGUGAAAUCAUUUACAAAGGGGAAUAUGUUCAAUCGUAUCAAAUCGGAAAUGCAAAACCUCCAUCGAACAGCUCAUCGAAAGGUGGUCAAAAUACGUAUCAAUUGGUUAUGGAUCCACGAUCGGGCUUAAUUGUUGGAGGAAUGGGUCAAGCACAACUCAUUCAAGCUGGACAACAAACACCCACAUCAACAACUCCACCACCAUCGCGAUCAAGCAAAAAGAAUUCAAGAUCGUCUUCAUCAAGUCGAUCAAAACCUUCAACGCCACAAGUAAAUGCAACGCCACAAAUACCUGCAAAUAUUCGUCCUACGGAAGGAACAGCUGUCGGUGGAUUAGCAACUGGAAAACCACCACCAAUUGUAGAUUUAACAACGGAUGAUGGACGACCUGCACCUGAUUCUCGUGAAGUUUCAUUCAAUAAAUUACAAGGUAAAACGUUCCCAUCGUUAGUGGUUGUAGCAAGACCUCAUCUCCGUGCGAAAGAAGUCGCCUCUGUAAACGAUCGACCUGCCCUCGAUGCUAAAGUGAAAUCAGUUCUAAUGCAUACACCAACGAAAUUCACCGAAUGGUUAAUUCAACAAGGUCUAGUACGAUCCGAACAGACAUGCGUUGUACAUCCACAAACCAAACUAAAGUUAGGAAUGUACAGUGAUGUCUCGAAAUUCCCCUACUCCGGUGGAUACGUGUGGAUCAGUGAAUGUUGUCCGCAACGUUUCGUCUCUGUAUUUAGUGGAUCAUUAUUUGAAGCUGCCUCACAUCCACCAAGUGUGUUGCUGAAAUUAAUUUACCAUUGGGCAUGCCAAACGAAUGUCCAAAAUAUUGUUCAAUGGGUUAAAGUUGAUAACCUGUAUGUGAAAGGAUUAUUCACGUGGUUACGUGCAGCUUGUACGACAGCUUUACAAAAUUUCAAUUUAAUGGGUGGUAAAAAUAAGCGUAUUGAAGUGGGUGUUAUUUCUUUGGGUACAACGUCUCAAGAUGGCCAUCAACGUCAAGUGAAAGUUGAAGUAUUGGGUAUUUUGGAUCCAGAAGCGAAACAAAUUCGUUUACGUGCGGUGGAACCAUUGGCUGAUAGUGAUAGUCGAAAUUAUAAACGAAGAUUUUCGAAAAUAUUAGAGCCAUUAAUUGCUUGGGUUCAUAAAGAUAGUAUCAUUAUGACUGAUUUAACCGUUGACAAAAGUUGUUUGAAUUCACUAGGUUUCGAAUAUGUCGUACAAUCUUCGGCCAGUGAUGCAACCAGUGGUAAUCAAACAGUUAUGGAAUAUUUACGACGUAUUGUACCACGAAUGUUUCAAAAUACUUUAUCAUUACUCAGCCAUCAAAUCAUUCAACAAUUUCUGGAUGAAUUAGUUUGGCGUGAAUGGUAUGGACCGACCGCAGCACAAGCUUUCGACAAUAUCGUAUUACAUUUAGCCGAACAAACACGACAAAAUACACCGUACACAUUAAUCGUACGAUUAAAUAAAAUUGCAGCGAAUCCAUUUAAAAAUUGGAGUUUCUAUCAUCAAAACUAUGAAAAACAACUUGAUAACGAUGAAUUAUUAGCACUUGCGAAUAAUAAUAGUAUACCAGCGACAACACCAACAUCUGCACCGAAACAAUAUACAGCACGGAAUCGUAAACGUAAUUAUAGUUCAAUUUCGGGUGAAGCAUCACCACAACCAUCUAGUAAAUCGAAGAAAACAGGCGCACAACAAGUGAAUACAGUUAUUGAUCUGGAUGAUGAAACUGUUGAUAAUCGAUCAUCUGGUGCUUUAGAAAGUUAUUAUUAUGGUACUUUAGAUGGUAAAGAAAGUAAUAUGCAACAAAAAGUUAAAAUUAAUAUUAAAUGUUGUUCUUGUAAAAUGACAUUCACCAACAAUAUUCAUUUAUUAGAUCAUUUAUUAGCACAUGCGCACAAUGUAUCAACUGGUGCAAAUGCCGUACAAUGUCGUUUCUGUUUGGCUAUGUUAGGAUCAAGUGAUGCACUAGAGAGUCACAUAAAUGAAUCACAUCCAUGUGAUACAUUUGUAUCGAAUGCAUUGAUAUGUGUUAUUUGUGAGACACGAUUUACAACCGCUAAUCAAUUAACCAAACAUAUGACGAAUACUCAUGUGGCGGCUGAACUACCAUACGAAUGUGGAACAUGCUAUCAUCGUACAUCAUCACAUCGUGCAGCUAUUGAACAUUUCUAUAAUGAGCAUGAUGGUACAGCUAUGUUACAAUGUCCAUUCUGCUUGAAAUCAAUAUCGGUUUGGAAUAUUGGACGCGCUUACAAUCAAAAUGUAACAUUCUUCAUGGCCCAUUUACAAAAACAUCAAAAGAAGGGUACAGCGAAAAAAUGUAAUCGUUGCGCUUUAUGGUUUGUACAUAAAGGAACAUUGAAAGAACAUCAACAACGUAGCCAUAACAGUUUAAUUGGUAAACGUAACUUACAUAUGUGGCAACCAACAUCGAACAGUGUUAUUUUAGCACGUGCUACAGCUCCACAACAAUCAGCGUAUUCAAGUCAACCAUCCCCUGAACCAGAACCACUACAAGAACUAUUUGAUGAUAUGGUUGUUAUACUUCCAGAUGAAGAAUUAAAAUGUAAAGAAUGUGAUUUGGAUGUGGGCGAUGAAGAUCAUUACACCGGUGUUCUAAAUUGUAAUAAAUGUUGUUACGUCACAUGCUGUAAACAUGCAAUGGACGAUCAUUCUAUAUCAUGCAAAGACUCAGUGUUUGGAACAGUUACCCCAGCACCCUUACGAAAUGAAAUGCAUUGUGUAUGUGGUUACAGUAGCAACGACGGUAAUAUAUUAGCUAAACAUUUAGCAUUAUGUGAACGAAAAUCAGCCUAUCCAUCUGUGGAAGCAGCGAAAGCAGCCAUUGUCACACAUAGUAUGCUUGAUGUAUUAGGAUUAGUACGUCGUCCAGAAGAACCAGGUGCUACUGAAACGAAAAAACCACUUGACUCUGAACUAGCUGUCAAAGAAGAAGCCGAUAUUGUAAUUGAAACAGAAGGUGUACAAGAUAGUGAUUCAAAUCUAGUUGAAAUCACCGAGACCAGUGUUGAAACAAAAGUUGAAACACAAUCACCAAUUAGUCAUGAAGUUUCCGAUCUUGUGGAAGACUCUGAGAAUAUCGAGAAUGUUGAGAAUGUAACAUCAAAAGAUGAUGAAGAAAACCCUGAGAAUACUGAGAAUACAACAAAAGUUGAAAAUGAAAAUGAUGAACCUGCGGUGGUUAAAGAUGGUGAUGAUGAUGAUGUUGAAAUGGAGCCAGCUACUUCAUUAUUGGAUAAACUUCCAACGAGCAUUGAAGAGAACCUUGAAAGUAUGGAAGUGGAUGAAUAAAUUACAGUAAAAAUUUAUUUAAAAAGUUUUUUUAUUAUUAUAUAAAAAUUAUUCGAAUAUCUUCAGAAUUGGUCAGAAAUGAAGUUUCUUGAACGAAAAGCAUAUGUUAAGGGUACAAAAAUUAUCGUAUCGCAUGGGGUUUUGAGAGAUUGGAAUUUUUUUCUACGAUUGAGCACUCUCUUAAGAUGAUAUUA